AAUUACACGCCCAAACCCUAAGGAUUAAAUGGAAAAUGCUUUUACCCAACGGGAAAGGGGCCGGAUGUUCCUAUUGAUUCGCCCUGGUGGAAAUCUCUACUUUUGCUUCGUUGGAUGUUGGAACUAAAGAAACCAGCGAAGUAGCCAACUAAGCGAAAGUACCAGCUAUUUCUCUCUCUCUCUCUCUCUAGGAGUACAAAGUUGAUUUGGUGAUCAAUCAGCCAUGGCGAGCAGUAACAAUGGAAGCGGAGGAGAAGGAGGAGAUCCGCCGCUUAAGCAAUUGGCGGAGCUUGGCAAAACCCUAAAAGAAGGGGAGAGGCUUCUGGGGCCAACCCGACGACCCGACGGUACGCUCCGUAAACCAAUCCGCAUUCGGGCUGGAUAUGUCCCCCAAGAGGAAGUCGCCAUUUACCAAUCCAAAGGUGCUUUGUGGAAAAAGGAGAUGGCCUCAGCGGCUGGACCUCCGGGUUAUGAUGAUACUUCCGUUGAUACAACGAAACCCAAGACUAAGUCUGUAAAGAGGAACGAAAGAAAAAAGGAGAAGCGGAUACAGGCUGCUCUUGAGAAGGAGAAAACCUCGGAAAGUGGGGAAACAAAGGAAGAAGAAGUUGAAAAUUUGGGUCAUGUAUCAGAAGCUGUCAAGUCAUUGGCAUCUCAGAUGAACGAGCUAGGUGUUUCUUCUAGUCCUUCUUUAGUUACCCCUCCCCCUGACUCAAGUGAGGAUUCGAGUCCAGCAGGUCCAGCUCAAGAUAUAGAUAAAAAAAUUCGAGCUCUUAAAAAGAAGAUUCGACUUGCAGAAGCUCAACAGCAGAAAGCUAAUCAGCAAGAUGUUAAGUCAGAACAGUUGGACAAGUUGACGAAACUGGAAGGUUGGCGUAAGGAGCUAAAGCUUUUGGAGGAUAAAAAGGAGGCGGAAUCGGUUGCACUGUAAACAAGGGUUUGUGUCAGAAUCAAGAAACCAUUUUUCUUUUUUUCAUUUAUGUUUUUUCUCAUGAAGACAUGAAUGCUGAUUUAGAAAGAGGUUCAUCUCUUCGUACUUUGUUCUCAUUAGCUUAAUUUAUAUGUGCUUUAUAUGA